CGGAAUGCGACUUUAAUCCUUUUGUGACAUGAAUACUGUUAACACUAAUUCAAAGUCUUGUAAACAUUAAUUCGACAUUUCGAAGGCUGACCGCGCCACGUUCGUUGUGAAGUUUUGCUUACCCCCGCAAUCUGGAAUUCCUUAUUAUUGUCGUUUGUGCUUAUUUGUUUACGCAUUUUUGUGAAUCGAAUUUAUUAGCCACUCCGUUUACGACUCUUUAUGCGUAUGUAUUUGUCCUUAAUUCAAACUCUAAUGCGUUUCUAUUAAGCAAAUACUGUAAAUUCGUUAAAAGAAAGUAGAAUGUGAUUGUUUACAAAUUAGUUGUGUUACGUGACUGAACGUUUGAAACCCAGCUUGUCUCAAGACAGCAGUCUGGCUAGUGCGUUUUCCCAGGCGGCUUUCGGAAGUGCGGCUGGUGUCAAACUGGAGGCAGUUAUGGAGCAGCUCCAGAGACAACAACAAGCUAAACUGGAGAUGGAGCGCAAGGAGAGACAAUUCAGGGAAGCCCACAUUCUGUAUGCCCAACAGCUGGCUGCACAGCAAGCCAUCAUGGCCUCCGCUAGGGCCCAGGGCACCCCAUUAACCCCUGAUUUUUACAGCAAAAACUCUAGAGACAGAGCGCUGAAAGGCGGCCAGGGGCCUCCAGCUGCCAGGGGGCCCACGAAAACCAGCUCUGACCUAGCACACGAAGAGGACGCCGCUGAUGAGAUGGACAGGGGAAGAGGCUCCGAGGGGGACGAAGAUGACGAUGAUGAGAUGAUGGAUGGAGAAGACGGCAGCGAAGAAGAGGAAAGCGAAGGCUUGGAGUUCCUCAGGAGGCAAAGCCUUGCUCUUCAGCAAGGGGCUGCUGGAGUCCCCCCAUAUCCGUACGCCGUCUACGCCGCCUCACCCUCCGCUGCUAAAAAACGUUCCCUGUCACCAACCACUAAGGUGAAAGAUGAACCCGAAGACUCCCUCAACGACCAGCAGUCGUUCAACACACCAAACGGACUGGGCGAUUGGAGCCUCGAUGACUCAUUCAAACAGAAUGGAAAUUCAAGUUGGAAUGAGGAAGGAGAUGGUGGGAGAAGCCGAGGAGAGGCCUCCAGAGACUUUGCCAAGCUUUAUGAACUGGACAACGACCCAAAACGGAAGGAAUUCCUCGACGACCUCUUUGCGUACAUGCAGAAACGAGGUACACCUGUGAACCGAAUCCCCAUCAUGGCCAAGCAAGUGUUGGAUCUGUACAUGCUGUAUAAGCUGGUGACUGAGAAGGGAGGUCUGGUGGAGGUGAUAAACAAGAAGAUCUGGAGAGAGAUCACUAAAGGCCUGAACCUGCCCACCUCCAUCACCAGUGCCGCCUUCACCCUCCGCACACAGUAUAUGAAGUACCUGUAUCCAUACGAGUGCGAGAAGAAGGGUCUGAGUUCCCCUGGAGAGCUGCAGGCGGCCAUUGACAGUAACCGCAGGGAGGGCCGUCGCCCCGGGUACAGCAACAGCCUGUACCGCUUUUCCCCUUCUCCCAGUGCCUCAGCCCCUCACCUCCUCUCUCCUCUCAAAAUGCACCUGCCCGCCACGGGACACAACGGACUGCAGGCCACCCCCAGUCCCGCCCUGAAGAAAGCCACAGUCCCAGAGGACGGUCCAGCCUCCAUGUUGCCAGGUCGUCUGCCCCUGGCGCUGGCUCUCGGGCAUCAGCAGCAGCUGGCACGCGCCGCCACACUGGAGCAGCUGAGGGAGAGGCUGGAGACCGGCAUGGGUGUCGCGGGACCCGCCGCCGCCGCGGUGGAGGGGCCUGAGAGGAAGAUGGCCCGUCUGGCAGAGGAACAACAGAAGCUACUGCAGCAGGCUUUCCAACAAAACCUGCUGGCCAUGGCGUCACAGGUGAACCCAGCCCAACUGCGGAUGAACAACGCCAGUACCCGCGAGGACAAACAGGACCUUUCUCUCAGCAUUUCUUCUAAUGGCUCUGCUAGCAUUACUGUGUCUGUGGAGGUCAAUGGGGUUAUUUACUCAGGAUCCUUAUAUGCCCAGAAGUCUGCAGCUGUUCCCACCGCUGUCACAGCCAUGUUCCCGGGCCAGACCUCCACCCUCAGUCCUGGCAUCCCAUCUUCCUCCUCCUCUUCCUCCUCAAAGGGUCCUGACUCUGUGGAGCCGGCCACAGGUGCGUCACCCUAACCGUCACCAGCUCCCUGAACCAAACAGCCCGUGAGUCCACCCUAAACUAGUCUUUCCUCUGGAGCGGCACGAGCCGCUCUGCCCUCUAGAGGCGGUCUAGCAAAUCACAGUCUGCCUCCUGCACAAGUUCGCAGCUGUGUUUUCCUUCCAGUGGAGGGAGGACCACACACAUACACUUUUACAAACUCAUCAGCUGUUAAAGCUCAUCACGGACCCCACCUGCUCUUUUCCUCAAGAGUUUUUCUCAGGACUGAGAAGGUUUUUAGACACGUUCGAUUCAACAGAAUACCUCAGCGUACACACUUCGGUGAUCGCGUAAUCAUGCCUUUCCACACCCGUAGUCAUUCUCUCACAAAGAUCUGCAAAGCAAUCAUGGCGUGAUCAAAUCUACUUCUGCCAAAGUCACAUCUGUGAGGUUGUGCUUGACACUUUCUUUUUUGCUGUCUAUUAAUUCUCUUAUUUAAAGUUUGCUGAAUUUACCUCAUCUGCAGUGAAUUUAAAAGACUCAGGAUCGAUUAUGAUACUGCUGUGUUGUUGUUGUUGUUUUUUUUGUCUAAUUUGAUGGAUUUUAAAAGCAGGCUACAAUCCCCAUCUAGUGUUGCAAAGUUGUUUCAGUAAGUAAGAAAAGGGGUCACAUAUAUUUUUUCUUUUUUUAAAAUGUAUUUACUUGAUUUUAUUAUUUUCUAUUUCUGUUGGUUUUUUAGCUUCUAGAUAAAGAAAUAUUAAUAUGAUUUGAAAAAGAGUUUUGGGUUUGAUUGCGUUGUAAACUGUAUAAAGUGAUUAGUUGACUUAACUUAAAAGCAAAGGGUUUUCCUCCUUUUUUUAAGUUACAAGUAAUUAAAAAAAUUAAGUUAUGCGAACUUGACAAUUCCCCAACUUAAUUUUUCAGUUUAUUUACUUAAAAAAGGGAGGAAACCUCUUGCCUUAAAAUGAAGUCAGCUGAUCACUUUUUACAGUGUAAGCAGCUGGCAGUUUUUUGUUAUUAUUAUUAUUAAGACAUAUUUACAGGCAACAGUUUGGUUGAAAGAUUUUUCUCUACCUCAGACACAAGACAAUGUAUGGUUGAAAAGAAAUGACGUCGACAUGCACAGUUAGUGUCGCGCAUGUCAAUCAUUUCUGUGCGUUGGACGAUCAUGUGCAGGCUCAUAAAUAAGGGCCCUGAUUAAUGUACUAUUCUUCUACUCUGAUGCGCAUACGAGUUCUUUUUAAAACAAACCAGGUCACAGAAAAGCAGGAUAACAUUCAAAUCAAAAGAUUGGAUGUUUGUUUUUUGUUUUUUAUUGUUGAACUUCAGACCUCACAUAUCUUUCCAUAUUGGAAAGCGAGUUUCUCAGGAAAUCUUUUUUUUUUUCUCUUCACAAAUUUUAACUUCAGGACCUACACUAGAAUGACUCUAGAUAUAUCUUGGUCAGUGUGGGACUGAAAUAGCUACCUCAGUCAGGAUUUACCUCGGAUGUAGUUCAACUGCCUGCAGUUCAUCACUGAAUUACCUCAAAGUUCUGCUGAUUUUAAUGCAAAAAAAACAAAAACAUCUCAGGUAAAGAAUUAGCAAAAUACCUCAGAAAUGUAAAGAUGGUGAAGGCAGAAAGUUAAUACGGGAGUGUGAGAUGAGAGUAUUGCUUGAAGAGUUGGAUCUCAUGUCCAUGAAGUAUUGAUUAUUAUUGCAUAAACUGUCUUCCAGUCCUUUCAAUAAACUUCCAGUGGCAAUUGAGGCUUGUUGGCUGGUUAUGUUCAUGUACCCAUGCUAAUUUAGCCUCAUUAACUAAUAGCUUUUUAGUCGUUUAUAAUCCUGCAUUUGCUUGACCCUGGGACCUGCUGGGAUACAGACACUUUUAGUCUCUUCUGUUCAAUUGCUAUAUUCUUCAGAUAAUUACAUAGCUGAAAACCAAAGACCAUGUGUUUGUUAUCCUCUUUGAUGACCUCGAUGUAUAGACACAUGCAACUUUACACAGUGAAAUUAAAGUCUGAUCUGAUGCAA